CUGUAAGGCUGCUCCACAGCGUAGCACGCACGGGUCUAAGAGCAGUGUCGCAUUAUAGAUCGAUGUAAGUGCGCGGGUAAGCCUCGUGUGUGUGCGUGCACCAUCAACGGGAACGGGAUCAGAGUCUGGUAGUGGUAGUGGCGGAGAACUGGAGAACAGAAAAUGGAGGCGACGGGGUUGCGCGUCACUUCUGCCCUUAUAUUUUGCGUUUUCUUCAUACCGGACUUGGGGCACGCCAAGUACGGACCAAACUACUACGGACGACUGAUCGGACCUCUGCAGGAGUACGCCCAUCAAACCAGAGGCACCGUUUACGCGGUCGACGACACCACGAUAUUCAUCAAAGACUUCAGCUACGACGGAACGGGUCCUGCCGCUUACUUCUGGGUCGGGAACAGCCCCAGGCCUAGUCCAGACGGCUUCAUCGUCCCUUACCCCGAGGACUACAGCGAAAGGGACCCGCCGGUUUUGAAAGCGUAUAACAACAGUGACAUCAUACUGAGGUUACCGCAGGGAAAUCGAAUAAGAGACAUCAAAUGGCUGAGCGUUUGGUGUCAAAGAUUUACGGUCGAUUUCGGUGACGUUUUCAUACCGCGUGACCUCGACGUGCCGAAACCACGCGUUCUGCCCGAAUUUUCAAGAUUCGCACACGGCCUGAGAAGCGGAAACAUCAGCAUCCUGGACAGUAAAACACUGUACAUUCCCAACCUACAUUACGACGGUGAAGGACCCGAUGCCUACUUCUGGGUGGGCAAUGACACCGAACCGAAUCCUUUGGGUGUCAAAGUGCCGAACGAAAUGGGAAGUUUAGAUCCACUGCGCGGAUACCAGGGUGAGGACAUCGAGAUCGUCCUACCUGAUAAUUUGACCGUCUACGAUAUCGAAUGGCUUUCCGUAUGGUGCGUACAAUACCGUCACAAUUUUGGCCACGUUUAUAUACCGAAGGACCUCGACGUGCCGCCGGCUCUUGGACAAACGAAGAUAACGCCGCCAUGGUGGUAUAACCCUACUAGUAGCACGCGAGCCCCGCCAAAGUCAAUCUUGACUAACUGCAGGGAAAUGCUGAACGACCGAAUUCAAGUGCAGUGGGAGAUGGUCGGGGAAAACGUGGAGAUCCGGGUAACAGCCAGGAUACGGGAAGAUCAGUACGUAGCCUUCGGAUUGUCGGGGAUGCAGGGUAAAGCGCAAAUGAUUGGCGGAGAUGUCGCCGUUGUCUGGUACGAUGAAAAAACUAAAGAGUUCCAUGCCGACGACUACUACAUGUCGGAUCUCGCGCAGUGCGACGGAAUCAAGGGUGUCUGCCCGGAUGAAAGAAUUCACGGCAAGAACGACGUCGUCCUCCUUCACGGAGAGAGAAAAAAUGAUCUCACUUCCGUGAAAUACAUGCGACCUGUCAGUACAAACGAGCUAGUAAUGGACCAGAUGAUCCCGGACACUGAAGUCAGCGUGAUUGCUGCUAUCGGGCGUUUGAAUUCGAGGGGAGAAGCAAACGCUCACGAAAGUUUCGACAGAACUACAGAAGACGUACAAAUAGACUUCACUUCGAAAAAUGAUCAUCAGUGCAAGUUCUCGCUCUACCAAAUUCCUGGGCCGUCCAAACUAACUCCGUGGCCACCUGCAAAGAUUUCCGGAGAAACCACCUUCAGCGCUAGAAUCGGACCCACUGGAGGCCUCAGAGGAUAUUCGGCAAUCACAGGUCAACCGUCGUGGGGCAUAGCGUGGUAUAUAAACGAUCUCUUAAUUCCCGAAAUUUACGUCGAAAGAGGCCAGACGUACACUUUCACCGUCGAAGGCGGAUCAGACCCCAAUAAUCCAGCCAGGUAUCAUCCAUUCUACAUAACCGAUAACCCUGAGGGUGGCUUCGGUCAAAGAAACUCGGCUGACCAAAAAAAGCAGAAAGUUUAUGCCGGGGUGGCAUGGAACAGGGAUGAUGAACCAUACCCCACGGCUGCGGGACGGUACUGCGAAUGGAUUCACAAGACCAUCGACAUGAGCGAGGAUUCGGAAACGUUUGAGAGCUUUGCUGAUACCCUGAGGCUCGAGUGCCAAGAGGGCGAACCUGCCGUCCUCACGUGGACGGUCCCCGAAGACGCUCCGGACUUGUUGUACUAUCAGUGUUAUUCUCACAACAACUUGGGAUGGAAAAUUCGCGUGGUAGACCCUGGAUUCAAGCUUCAGAAAAAUGGAAACCCAGCAGUCAUGUUGACAUCAUUGCGGGCGGCAAUUAUAAUGGUAACAAGUAUUUUGUCAUUUUUAAGAUGAAGAGUUAGCACGUAAAUACGGCUGUCUAGUUCCAAUGAAAGUUUAAAUCAAACAGUGAAAAGUAACAAAUAAAUCUCAAUGAAAGUUCUAGAGGUGCUCCGUGCAUAGAGCAUCGGUUGUAAAGUAAUAUAAAUGAUACAAGGUUGUAAGAAAGUAACUCAUCUUUUACGAGUAAAAACAAAAAAAAAAAAAAAAAAA